GCUGGCGCUGGCACUGCCUGGGGCUUCUGCGCGGUGCACCGGGACCUGCUGCCGCUUCACCCACCAAGGGGCUUCGCUCUGCGCCCACCACCACCUCUGCCAGCCUGCUCGCCCAUCCGCCUGCCCACCAGGGCACGGCUGCCUCGCUUGGCUCUGCCCACCUGUGUGCCCGCAGGCCAGUGGCCGUGCUGGCCGCUGCCUGUCUGUCCAUCUGUCUGUUCGUGCAUCUGGGAAGUGCUCAGCACCAGGCCCCUUCCUCUCACACUGACCUGGUGCCAGGAAUUGACAGGUGCCUGCCAAAGCCUGAGCCUGGCACUGCCAGCACUGCCAAACCAGCCUGGCACUGCCAGUGCUGCCAGACCAGCCUGGCCCCAUAUGUGGGUCAGAGUCCAGCCGCUGCCCAGCCCCAUGUGCCCCCCUGCACCAUGAGGUUCUCCAGACCCUCGUGAGGGACCCUCAGAGCUUGUGGGGGGCAUGGGAUACCUGGCGGCCCAGGGGGUAGAAAAUGGGCAGCUUCUGUCAACCUGGGCUCCUCUUUUCCUCUUCCUCUUCUCCUCUUCUUUUUACCUUCUUCCUUUUCUCCUCUUGUCCUUUUUAUUUUCUUCCUUCCCCCCUUUCCCCCUUUCCUUGUUUGUCCCUUUCCUUCUUUCCCACUUUCCUUCUUUCCCACUUUCCUUCUUUCCUCCUUUUCCCCUUUCCUCUUCCUUUUUCCAUUGUUCCCUCUUGCCCUCUUCUCUUCCCUGCUUCCUCUCUCCCUCUCUCCCUGGUGGUGCCCACCACACUCCCUGUGCCACACUGGUGAUGGUGCCACUCUCUCUCUGGCAGAGGUCUCUUUCCAGUCCCACCAAAGCAGUGCCAGUGCCGCUGGGCGAGCUCCUAAGCUGGGUCUCCACCGUUGGCAGGUCCUGGCUGUGCCCAAGGGGAGCCACGGCGGCUGCUGGGCACUCGCUGGCACAGGCGCCCAGUGCUGCCAAGGAUGCCAGUGUCACCAGGAAGAGCAUGGAGGGAUCAGAGCUGGAUGGGGAGGAGAUGGAGAGAACUCAGCAGCCUGGCAAGUGCCCGGAGAGGUGCUCGGAGGUGCAGGAGCAGCUGCUGGCACUGCGGCACUGGCUGGAUGCCAUGGAGAAGCAGUUGCCUGCCCAGACGGAGCCUGGCACAGUCCCACAGGCCGGGAUCCGAGGUGGGGGCACGGCACCGGCAGCCUCGCUGGCACCGUCGCCCGUGCCAUGGGGAAUUCGGUGAGCAGGCCCAGCUGCCUGGGCGAGCGGAGCCGGCGCCACGAGGAGCUGCUCCGGGAGCCGGACGCGGGGCAGCCGCUGGGCAGCGCGGUGG